AUGGAUGGCCUACAACUACGAGAUGAGGCGGUGCGCGAUCGCAUCCGCGCGGCCGAAGAGUUUCUCGAUCCGAACGACCCCCGAGCGCGCAGCUACAGAGCAGACAUUCUGGUCAUGCUGGGUCGCUCGUCACGGCGACUCCCUGUAUCGCUCGAUGAGAUCCGCGCACACAGUACCGAGAUGGCCGAGGGCAUUCUCAACAUGCCCUUUGACUUUUCCCAGGCCUUCGACCGCGCCGUCAAGAACAUCGUCAACACCCUCCCCGGCAGACCUCCCCAUGAGACGGCCGAAGACACCAUGUACUACUGCGCCUUCUUUGGCAGCUUCGGACAGUUCGCUACCAANCCCCGCACCCUGAGCUCCCAGCACCUCAACCACAUGGUCUCGCUCGAGGGCAUCGUCACUAAAUGCUCCCUCGUGCGCCCCAAAGUCGUCAAGAGUGUGCAUUACAACGAGAACAAGUCGUCGUUCCACUUCCGCGAGUACAGAGAUCAGACCAUGACCAUGAACGGCGCCGCCAGCUCCUCCGUCUACCCCACCGAAGACGACGAGGGCAACCCGCUCGUCACCGAAUACGGCUUUUGCACCUACCGCGACCACCAGACCAUCUCCAUUCAGGAAAUGCCCGAGCGUGCCCCCGCAGGCCAACUCCCAAGAAGCGUUGAUGUCAUCAUGGACGACGACAUGGUCGACAGAGUCAAGCCUGGCGACCGUAUCCAGCUCGUCGGCAUCUACAGGUCGCUCGGAAACCGCAACGCCGGUGCGGGAAGCUCGACCUUCCGCACGCUGGUCCUCGCCAACAACAUCAUCCUUCUCUCGUCCAAGUCUGGCGGCGGCAUUGCCCAGGCCACAAUCACCGACACGGACAUUCGCAACAUCAACAGAAUCUCAAAACAACGCAAGGUCUUUGAACUGCUCUCCCAAUCUCUGGCUCCCAGCAUCUACGGCCAUGACUACAUCAAGAAGGCCAUCCUUCUCAUGCUCCUGGGAGGUAUGGAAAAGAAUCUGGACAACGGCACACAUCUGAGAGGAGACAUCAACAUCUUGAUGGUCGGCGACCCGUCCACUGCAAAGUCGCAACUCUUGCGUUUCGUCCUGAACACGGCCCCGCUCGCAAUCGCCACGACCGGUCGUGGUUCUUCCGGUGUCGGUCUGACGGCUGCAGUCACCUCUGACAAGGAGACUGGCGAGCGCAGACUCGAAGCCGGCGCCAUGGUUCUUGCUGAUCGUGGUGUCGUCUGUAUCGAUGAGUUUGACAAGAUGUCCGACGUCGAUCGUGUCGCCAUUCACGAAGUCAUGGAACAGCAAACCGUCACCAUCGCCAAAGCCGGUAUCCAUACCUCCCUCAAUGCCCGUUGCUCGGUCGUGGCAGCUGCCAACCCCAUCUACGGUCAAUACGACACUCACAAGGAUCCUCAUCGCAACAUUGCUCUGCCUGACUCUUUGCUCUCUCGUUUCGAUUUGCUGUUCAUCGUGACAGAUGACAUUGAGGACGUACGAGACAGACAAGUGUCUGAACACGUCCUCCGAAUGCACAGAUACCGUCAGCCAGGCACGGAAGAAGGCGCUCCAGUCCGCGAACAAGCCACUCAGUCCCUCGGCGUUGGUCUCGAAGAAGAAGCCGACGCUGACAAGACGUCGGAAGUCUACGAAAAGUUCAACGUCAUGCUUCACGCUGGUGUCACGGUUACUGUUGGCCGCGGGUCUGGUCGCAAGGUUGAAGUCCUCAGCAUUCCCUUCAUCAAGAAGUAUAUUCAAUAUGCCAAGUCGAGAGUCAAGCCCAUCCUCACUUCUGGAGCGGCAAAUCACAUCAUUGCCACAUACUCUUCCCUCCGCAACGACGAGAUCGAAAGCAACCAGCGCAAGACUUCACCAAUGACUGCUCGUACUCUGGAGACUCUUAUUCGUCUGAGUACCGCACAUGCCAAAUCUCGCUUGUCCAAUCGUGUAGAACAAAAAGAUGCCGAAGUCGCCGAGGGCAUCCUCCGCUUUGCCCUCUUCAAAGAAGUCGCCGAAGACGAGCGCAGGAAACGCAGGAAGACCCGCGCGACCACUGAGCCACUCUCCUCGGAUGACGAUUCGUCCGAUGAUGAAGACAUGGACGCUACAACCACCAACCGCAGCUCCACCCGGCGCGGCACCACUCCAGCCAGACGAGGCGCACGAAGAACACCAGCCAACGGAGAGGAUCACACAGUCUCCGGUGCUCUACCAGACGAAGACGACGACCUCUACACCGCAACGCCCCGCGCGAAUCGGACGAGAAACACGACGCACACACAAUCUUCCCUCCCACCACCCUCCUCCUCACAAUUCUCUCUUGCGUCCUCACGUCCUGCAUCCCAACUUCUCGAUUCGCAAUCUCAAUCUGCCGCCCCUGAAUCACAAGAAAUGGCGGAGACUCAAGAAGAGGGAAUCUCGGCACAUCGACUUUCGGUGUUCCAGACGGCACUUGGGCAGCUUAUCGAUGGACCAUUGUUUGCCAACGAUGCGGCGGAUGUGGCGCCAUUGGUUGCUGCUGUAAAUGCGAGAGUAGGGGCCAGGGAAGAGGAGUUCAGUGCUCAAGAAGCGGAACAAGCGUUGACAGAGCUGAAUGAGGCCAACAAGGUCAUGUAUAGUGGUGGUGUGGUGUAUAAGAUCUAG